ACUCUACAAAAUAUUGAUCUAUACAGCCCUUGUUCCACUCACUCACGUGCAUGUAUGCACUAGCUACAGAGAGAGAGAGAGAGAGACACACACACACUCUACUCUCUAGCCCUAUAUCAGGCCCACAUGGGGCGCCAGCCUCCAUAGCGCCGGCCGGCCUGCCAGACACCAAGACCCACAGACACAAAGACCGGCACCAGUCGAGUCACGCUGCGGAGUCAAGCGACACAUUGAUUAGUAGACAGAGAGAGAGAGAGAGAGAGAGACUACCUAUCUGUCUACCUAUCGGCAAAAAAAAGACACAGGAAACACACACUGUGUCCAAAUAGGAGGCUCCAAAUCCAACAAAAGCACUAAUACAACAUCACACACACACAGGGCAAGUAAGCAGUGUAUAUCGUGUGCGUCCUGGACACAUGACGAAUACAAGUUGAAAGUUGGAGUACAACACUAGUCUCGGCCAGGCCUCACAAGUGCAUGUGUUUUAAGGUGCCCAAAAGAGCUCUCCUUUAAAACACCAAGGACCACAUCAGGGGACGCCAAACCAUCUGAUUCCCUUGCCAGACAUCUCGGCUCAUUACACAAUCAAUGGUGCUCGCAAUCGGAUGCACUUUUAGGCCAUUUAGGAGACAAAUAGCACAGGAAAAGCAGUGCGCGCAGCUCCAGCCGACAGUCGAACGGUGAGGUUUUGAGCGAGUCGCAACAAAAUGCACGGGGCUUCUGCAGCCCACAUGACUUUAUUCUGAACGGAGACAAGUCUGCUCGCUGGGCCGUUCGCUUUUGGGCCAAAAACACGGCUCCGUCGGUGACUUUUGGACCGAUAUUGGCGACCAGAAAACACAAGUGAAAGAGCAUUUGGCCAGCCGGGAGAAGUCGAGCUGGGUGGCUUGAGUCUACAUGGUUCUCAUGUCGCGUUUAAGGCCAGCCCCCUGCACGGUGUGGAGCUUCAAUAGCGCAGAGCAGCGUCUACAGCAAAGUACUCCUCCUCACAGACUACCGUAGUGUUCAGUAAGCGUGUGUGUUUACCGGACCAUGGCAGAAGUCGCACCAGCACCCGCCGCCGCCGCGCCGGCCAAGGCACCCAAGAAGAAGGCAGCGGCCAAGGCCAAGAAAGCGGGACCCAGCGUAGGCGAGCUCAUCGUCAAGGCGGUGUCCGCCUCCAAGGAGAGGAGCGGCGUGUCCCUGGCCGCGCUCAAGAAGAGUCUGGCUGCAGGUGGCUACGACGUGGAGAAGAACAACUCCCGCGUCAAGAUCGCCGUCAAGAGCCUCGUCACCAAGGGCACCCUGGUCCAGACCAAGGGCACAGGUGCCUCCGGCUCCUUCAAGCUCAACAAGAAAGCCGUGGAGGCAAAGAAGCCCGCCAAGAAAGCCGCAGCCCCCAAAGCAAAGAAGGUGGCCGCCAAGAAGCCCGCCGCGGCGAAGAAGCCCAAGAAGGUAGCAGCCAAGAAGGCCGUCGCCGCAAAGAAGUCCCCCAAGAAGGCCAAGAAGCCCGCUACACCCAAAAAGGUCGCCAAGAGCCCAAAGAAAGUGAAGAAGCCCGCCGCGGCGGCCAAGAAGGCGGCCAAGAGCCCCAAAAAGGCUACCAAGGCAGCGAAGCCCAAAGCCGCCAAGCCCAAGGCAGCCAAGGGCAGGAAGGCAGCCCCCAAGAAGAAGUAAACCUAUUCCAAACGGUGUUCGACUCGACACAUGUUGUUACCACAAAAGGCUCUUUUAAGAGCCACCCACCUCUUUCCAUAAAAGCGCAUGUCAUUCCAUGUUCUACCUGUCGUGCAAAAUAAAUGAAAUAACGCACCACAUUUUCCCACUCUGGGUGUGUGCGGCCCGGAGAGAGAGAUAGGGAGAGGCAUAUAAUAACAAUAAUAACCGAGUGGCAAAAUGGCGUACAAUUGUCACUCAAGAGUGCAGCACCAGCCAAUGUUGUGAAGUUUUAGAAUUGCCAUUAAUAAUUCCAAUUGGAGAGGAGGCAGGCUGCUGUGAUGUGUUAAUCGUCAUGCGACCCAUGUUAAUACUAUAGCGUAAGUGUUUCCCAUUUGGAUGAUUUGACUGAUUUGAUUUGUCACAAAUUCGGAGGGAAACAGAGUA